AUGAAGAAGAUACUAGUUGGCUGUUACGCGGCGAUAGCGGCGACCUUGGUCGCGGGGUGGGCUUUGGUGCGGAGCCUCAAACUGUCAGCAGGGCCUCUACGGCUGAGCUGGAGCAACAUUGUUUUCGGCCACCGCGGCUGUCGCCAUGUGGUUGGGAUUCCCGAGAAUACCCUCGAAGCUUUUAAGUAUGCCAUCGAUCACGGCUGUGGGGGGAUUGAGUGCGACGUGCGCCUCACGAAGGACGGCGAGUUGGUCUCCUUUCACGACAACCACGUAAAGGGGAAGCUGGUGGAUGUGCCCGAUAAGGCGCAGAUCGAUCAGCUCACCCUGGCGGAGCUCAAGUCCUACCGCUAUGUGGAAGACCCGACCGGGAAGGUUCGCGUACCGACGCUGGAGGAGGUGGUCGUCUUCUGCCGUGAGCAUCGCAUUAAAAUCCUAAUCGAGGUGAAGGACCUAAGAAACAUUCGGCGGAGUGUGGACAAGAUAUUGGAGCUUUACGCGCGUUACCCGGAGUACAUGUAUGAACAAGCCACGGUGAUCUCCUUCAACCCCAAGGUUCUCUACCACAUCCGGCAGCGCGAUGCGAAGGUCGCGACGGGGUCGAUUUACGAUCGUGAUUUCAUCCGUGACUGCAUCCACUGUGAUGUCGAUGCCGUUCCUCUGCUUAUUCAUGUGUGGCCGGCGCUUUUCGAUUACGUGUUGCUGUUUCUUCAGGAGUGGCUACUGCCGUGGCUGCUUGGGUGCUCCUUGGUGUGUCCACAUUACAGCCUGUAUAAAAAGAAAUAUCACCAGCAGUGGAAGUCGCAGGGUGUUGCGAUGUACUUCUGGGGGUUUAAGGAUAAAACCACCUUCACGUGGGAGUUCAAGCAACCUGGUAUUUUUGUCUCUACGGACGACAAACAUGAGGGGUUUCAGUAA